AAAAUGUGUUAUUCAGGUGGCAAAUUUAAAAACUGGAUUUCAUUGGUUGCUCUGACUUGAGAUAAGAAGGGAAUGCGUCGUACUUGUUUCGACAUGCCAAAGAACACAAAAGAUUAAAUAUUUACUGCCAGACGAGGGUUGCCCUGACAUGGACACAGAGAUGAUUCCUAAAUUUUCAUCAAAGGAUGAGGAGGUUGAUUAUUGGAAAACUCAAGCCCUGAAAUAUAAGAAAAGUUGCCAAGAUGCUCAAGAGGAGCUGCAGGAGUUCCAGGAGGGGAGCCGGGAACUGGAGGCCGAACUGGAGGCUCAGCUCAGUCAGACUGAACACCGCCUUCGAGAUCUACAAGCUGAAAACGAGAGACUGAAGAACGAGUCGUCCAACCUAAAGGAAAAACUAGAGAUGCAGUAUGCUCAGAGUUACAAACAGAUUUCCAUGCUGGAGGACGACCUGAGCCAGACCCGGAGCAUAAAGGAGCAGCUACACAAAUACGUACGAGAACUGGAACAAGCCAAUGACGACUUGGAGAGAGCCAAAAGGGCAACCAUAGUGUCUCUGGAGGACUUUGAGAGCCGUUUGAACCAGGCCAUCGAAAGAAAUGCUUUCCUUGAGAGCGAGCUGGACGAGAAGGAGUCGCUCCUUGUGUCAGUGCAGCGGCUGAAAGACGAAGCCAGAGAUCUGCGACAGGAGCUGGCAGUACGAGAGCGGAGCACUGACAGGAUGUCGGCACCGAGCUCGCCAACGUCAGAUAUAGACAAGACUGAUUCUGCAGUCCAGGCCUCUUUAUCCCUCCCUGCAACGCCUGUAGGGAAGAGUAUAGAGCAUGCAUUCAUCAGCCAAAAGGGACUGACCAAUGGUUGCAGCGGCUCAGCUCUAACACCUUCUGCCAGGAUCUCAGCUCUUAAUAUAGUUGGAGACCUUCUGAGAAAAGUUGGGGCUUUGGAGACCAAACUUGCAGCUUGUAGGAACAUUGCCAAAGAUCAGGCAGCGCGAAAAAAAUACUCCACAGACGUCGGCACAAUCCUCAACAGCAGCCCUACAAAGUUCCCACACCCUCUGCACACGGCCUACUUUGAAACAAGCACUGUUAAUGGACUGGACCCGAGCUCCAUGGCAACCAACAGAGCCAUCCCUCCUCCAGGCAUGCUGCCUUUAAGUGUGUGAGGACCCAAUAUGCCACUCAAACCUCCGCUCAAAGCCCAUCCAACACAACAUGGCUACAAAUAGGACUCAUGAGCGGCUGUAUGUGCGCGCGUGUGUGUGUGCGCGUGUGUGUGUGUGAUUGAGUGAAAGAGCAUUGGCUGGGUGAGGGAAUGCAUGACUGAAUUUGACAGAUGCACGAGAGAAGUUAAAUAAACUUGCCUCCAGGUUGCAGCUCGGAGUGCAGCUGGGUAGCCAUGCUCCUACCUGAUCCCUGCAUGUGCCUACAGCAGAGCUCUUCAGUGCUUGUUUGCUCCAUUGAUGUCACUGUUCGCACUGCAGCACUAACUCAACGGCUCUAACGAACUUCUUCUUGACAAAGAGGCCCUCAACCGACCACAGCUUCUUUUUGAUUUUUUUUCUUCAUGUAUUUUCUCCUGAAUUGCACAGUUGAACUAAUUUAUAUUUUGAAUGUUUAAUAUUUAAAAAAAA